AUGCUAGCUGUUGAAAAUUCAAAGGCAUUGCCAACUUGGGCACAACGAGCGGCAUUGACCAGAGCUCUUGCUCUUCCAACCCAACUUCCAGAAUUCCCCAGCAGUGCGAGUUCACUAAAUCUCACUUCGGCCGAUCAUGAGGCGAUCCGGUAUUUCCGUACCACCUUUGCUAGGAUUCACCACACCAAGAAUCCGGAUUACUCACUGUUCUCCAUCAUAUUUACCCUGGCGCAAGAUGAGCCAAUGGUUAUGCAUGCGUUAUUAGCCAUCGGCGGCCAUGAAAUUGAGUUCCGGCGAAACAGCACUUCGGAUGCGGCAGCUGAUGACGCUUCUCAACUUUUACAACGGGAUCGAAAUAGGUGGACUCCUGUUCAGCAUUACUCGGCUGCUCUAGGCCUCUUAGCAGAUGCCAUCGGGACGGCAGACGAUGGUCGGCAGUUGGAGUUGGACCCCAUCUGUGCGGUGCUAUACUUGAUGCUUGUUUACGAGCAGAAGUAUGGAGACGGAACGUGCUCUGGACUAUCGAAUCAUCUCGCUGGCGCAGCUUUGAUUGUAAAGCAUCGUUGCAGCAGCCUUUCAGAUCAAAUUUCCACACGGGGCUGGCAAGGAACGCCAGUGUUGAGCCGAAUGAAGCCUCAAAACGACUCCCGACAACCUGGACUGUCACUCUUUGUAAUCCGGACGCUCGUCUGGAUUUCUCUCUGUGAUUCGACAGCCGCAACGUUUGGGCUCGGCGGCCAGUGCAAUAGCGAAUUGAAAAACAUCAUGGCGCCAGACGAUUCAUCAUCGAUUGCCGGAUUCGAUGCGCUUCACAGAUAUUCAAACUCGCUAUACCGCUCCAUGUGGGGUGAUGCCUAUCCGCAAGUUGAGCUGUUGGACGAUGUAGAGAAUCGAGACAUCUUCGCGUUUCUCUGCGCAUCCAUGCAGCUUCGAGGCAUCGUGGCUGAAUUGUCUAAUCUUGAUGUGAACGAGCUCAGGCAGCGUUUACCAGCGGCCGAAUCCGCUUUCAGACAAAUUGAGCUUCGAUAUGGGGAGCUACUUGAAGUGGCGUCAGAUAUCUCCCUUUCUACAGACAACUCACAUCGCUUGGUAGCCAACAUCCGUGCCUUUGUUCCUAUAUAUCACGCUGUAAAACUCGAGCUCUUGCGCAUUACUCGGAGAAAUGGCCUGACGACCAAGAUGAAAAUCGUGCCCGAAGCUCACAUAACCGCCAUAAUCGAUUUGGCUGUUCAAGCUGAUAAACACCAAGGGGUUGAAGGCACCAUUAGAGUAGCAUGGCCACUCUUUGUUGUUGCUCUUGAGACGAGCAAUGUGGUCCAUCAGCGCUGGGUUCUUAGUCGGUUCAAGGCAAUGAGCAGCUACAGUAAGAAUCUAGAGCGUGCUCAUCGCUUUCUUACGGAAGCCCUUAGACGACAGUGUGAGAACAUGGGGGUUUACAAAGAUUUCACGCUCGAAAGUGGCGAAGUGUUUGUUAUUUAA